GGAGUGCGGGAGGCUGUGGGAGAGGGAGGCGGCGGCAGCGGCUAGCGGACUCAAGUCUCCACCGGGCUGAGGCGGACACUCGUGUGGCGCGAGGCGUAGAAGCACCGAGCACCAGAGGCGGCACCGGGAUCCCCAGCUCAGGGGAGGGGGCCGCCGGACCGGGAGGAGGGGAGGGGGCGAUGCUGGAAGCCAUGGCGGAGCCCAGUCCCGAAGAUCCACCUCCGACUCUAAAGCCAGAGACCCAGCCCCCAGAGAAACGGCGGAGGACAAUUGAGGAUUUCAACAAGUUCUGCAGUUUUGUGUUAGCCUAUGCUGGCUACAUCCCCCCUAGCAAAGAGGAAAGUGACUGGCCAGCCUCAGGUUCCAGCUCUCCUCUGCGAGGCGAGAGCGCAGCUGACAGUGAUGGCUGGGACUCAGCUCCCUCUGAUCUGCGGACCAUUCAGACCUUUGUUAAGAAAGCCAAGUCAUCCAAGAGGAGGGCAGCUCAAGCAGGGCCCACGCAGCCCGGACCCCCAAGGUCGGCUUUCUCUCGCCUGCAGGCCCCUGACAGCGCCGCCCUGCUGGAGAAGAUGAAGCUCAAGGACUCCCUGUUUGACCUGGAUGGGCCCAAAGUGGCGUCACCCCUUUCCCCCAGCUCCCUGACCCAUGCUUCCCGGCCCCCCGCUGCGCUCACCCCUGUGCCCCUUUCCCAGGGCGACCUCCCCCAGCCUCCUCGAAAGAAGGACCGAAAGAACCGCAAGCUGGGGCCGGGUGGGGGGGCUGGCUUUGGGGUGCUCCGGAGGCCUCGACCCACCCCUGGGGAUGGGGAGAAGAGGUCUCGGAUCAAGAAAAGCAAGAAGCGGAAGUUGAAAAAGGCAGAGCGGGGAGACAGACCCCCUCCUCCUGGGCCUCCCCGGGCACCCCCCAGUGACACAGACUCUGAGGAGGAGGAGGAGGAAGAAGAGGAGGAGGAGGAGGAGGAGAUGUCCAUAGUGGUGGGGGAUGAAGCCCCAGCCCCUGUGCCCCCCACGCCCUCAGAGGCUCCCCGGCCACCCGCCACAGUGCCCCCAGAAGGCGCCCCGCCAGCAGACAGGGAGAGCAAGGAAGUGGGCAGCACGGAGACAAGCCAGGAUGGGGACGCCAGCUCCAGCGAAGGCGAGAUGCGAGUCAUGGAUGAGGACAUCAUGGUCGAAUCAGGUGACGACUCAUGGGAUCUCAUCACAUGUUACUGCCGGAAGCCCUUUGCCGGGCGGCCCAUGAUCGAGUGCAGCCUGUGCGGCACAUGGAUCCACCUGUCCUGCGCCAAGAUCAAAAAGACCAAUGUCCCCGACUUCUUCUAUUGCCAGAAAUGCAAGGAACUGCGGCCUGAGGCGCGGCGGUUAGGGGGUCUCCCCAAGUCUGGGGAACCCUGACAUCACCACCUCCAGGCUGGAACCUGCAGUGGCGAAGCCCCCCGCCCUGGGGAAGGGAGCUUGGGGUCCUCCUGAAGGAACCCCCUCUCCCCUGGAGUGGAGAUACUGUCAGUACUCCAUGGGAGGCUGGCUUGGCAACGAGCGGUCCCUGUUCCCACCCUCUCCUUCCCCCCAGUCUGUGGAGUUAAACCUCGACAUUGCAGUUGGAUGUGGGGGAGACUGUGUGGGCCCCCUGCCACCUCACUUUCUGGGCCUGGGAUGGAAUGGGACAGUUGUCUAUAAAACUCUAGUUGUAAAUAUA